CAUGUUAAUAAUAUAUAUUUAAAGAUAUUUAAUUUUUAGAUUUGCAAAAUAUAUUAUUAUUAUUAUAGUUUUUGUAACAUAACAUAAUUUUGUACAGACAUCAGGUAAUUCCAAAUGUCUUGUACAACAGACUCUGGCUGUAUUCCAUUAUUACCAAAAGGAAGCAUAUUGAUAGAUUUAAAUCAACCUGCCAUUUUCGUUGACCCUACUAAUCCAUUUGGAGAAGACUUUCAAGGUGAUUCAGAUUUUUGGGCAAAGGUCAGUCAUUGUUUCGAGUAUGAAAAAGAGAUUGGGAGGAAUACAUCUUGGAAUUAUAUUGAAACCAGGUUAAGAUUAGAAAGAAUAAAACGUUGCUUUGAAGAUUCUGGUCAAAAGAUUGACAUUCUGGUAUGGUUGACAACAACUUUGCAUAGCUCUUUUGUGAAGAUUAUCACUGCAACAGACCAGGCAGAAUUAUUAGAUGCUUUCGUGAAGCAGCUUUCUGACUUCGUCAUCAUUCUACUGAAAGAGGAUUAUCGAGGGCGUCCAUUAUUUAAACUUAACGAAGAUGACCUUGACCCAGACGAAAUAAAGGAGAGCAGAGACAGAACUGACAACGAUCGGAAGUAUGCUGCCAUGUUGCAUGUGCCAGUCGAAGAUACAAGCACAAUGCGGAAGAGUGUUUUACAUAUUGCAGGAGAGCGUAAUUUAUGUGCAGUAGCAACAACAUAUCAACAGCUGUAUCCUGGUUCUAUUUAUUGGAAAGAUGUGCCACCAAAAGAUAUUCGUAAACGAAUGGCUGUUGAGUAUGCUAUAGACAAUAACAAUGAUGCGGUUUGCUGCAUACUCAUGAAAUCUAUGACAAACCAAAGAGUUAGAAAGCUGUUCGAAGGGGGUGAAAGAAGUGCGUCAAGAUACAAAUUUAAUGAUUUGAUUGUUAAUCCAAAGUUAAAGAAAACAGUUUUAUGUGUAUUAGACUCGUGUGUUAAUCCGAACUUCCCAUAUCUUUGGGAGGAUCCAGAAAAGGAAAAGGAGAGAGAAGAACGUGGGGAGGAGGCUUGGAGUAACGUACCUGGUGUACCGUUGCAGUAUAACUUCUUCUUCCGUAUACUUGAUGGAGAUGAAAAUGGACGCCCUGCCAGAAUUGAUGAGGACGAUGAUAAAAUUGGAGUUGAGAAUGAGCAUUUUAAACAUCGAACACCAUCUGCAUUGCAAGUUAUUGCAAAUAAUGCCGACAACAAAAACCCCCAGGAUCCAAUCAAGCAUAUGGCAGUACGACAGUUAGUGCGACGAAAAUGGGAAAAGUAUGGCGAAUUUUCGAUCAAAAUAUAUUUUGGCUUUUAUCUGCUGUUUUUGGUUUUGAUGUCAAUUGCUUUACUACUUGGUGCAAGUUCAAAGAAUCCGCUGAGAUAUCCUUGCGCUGUGGAUAAAUUUCGAUUAUUUUGUGAGAUUGGAACAUUGCUCUUUACAGCUUUUUAUGUUUUCACAGAACUGGAACAAUUCAUUAAAGAAUUUAAGAUUUACAUCAAAGAUUGGUACAAUCUGUUAGAUAUUCUUGGUUUAAUACUUAUAAUUGCGCUGAUACCGUGCCGUUUGUCGAGUGCUCUCACUGUUACACGUGGUUUUGCAACAGCUGCGUUUUUCAUCAACUUUAUUCGAGUGUUUAAAUAUUUCCCAGCAUUCAAGGAAUAUGGAAUAUAUGCUAAAACUUUCGCCAAGAUCAUCUACACUGACAUUUGGAAGUUCUCCGUCGUAUUCUCAGUGGUACUAAUGGCUUUUGCUGGCAGUGUAUACAUUGCGAUAUGUGCUACCAAUAGUUUUGACGAAAACAUCAAAAAUUUCUGGUCAGUAUUUCUACAGGAGCUUAGAGCGAUCGCAGAGGGUAAAGAAUUUGCAGACAAUUAUGGUGUAUAUCACGUCUUAUUGGUGAUCUUUAUUCUAAUGAAUAUGUUUGCCAUUAUUGUUGUUUUGGCCAACAUUCUAAUUGGUCAGUUGAGUUUCCGUUACGAAUCUGCUAUGAACGAUGCAACGCUACAAUUUGAUAUUGAUAAAGCAAAAAUGGUGACAAGCUUAGAAAGAAGUUGGUUUAAAACUUGUAACAAGAGAAUCAAGCAUUACCAGGAUGGUAUCUUUGUUAGCGACCAAGUCAUGAUUGCAGAUUUGCUGGAGGACUGGAACCGAUUACAAUCAGCAGACGGUCAAAACACAGAACAGGCUAUCAGAGAGAUGGUCCAAAAGCGAAUCCUAAAGAGAGAUUAAGUCAGCAUUUUUAGUUUGUUAUUGAAUGGCGUCCAUCAUUGAUUAUAAUUCAGAUCCUUUUUUGUACAGCUUAUAUAGUAAAACGUGACUACGUACGCAAUUAAACGCAUCUUUAAACGCAUGCAUUAUUUUUUGUAUAUUUUUUUAUAUGCUAAUUACUAAAAAAUUUUUUCGUGCUGACCAAACAGUUACACGUAUAUUGUAAAACUUCUCUUGUCACGACAAACCUAGUCUGCUCGUUUUUAACCGGCAUUGAGGUUGGCUUUUUUAUAGCAACUUUUUUUGGUGUUAUUCUACCACUAUUUAAGUUCAACCUCUCAUAGAGGUACACCUAAAUCCGAUCUCUUAUUUGCAAUUAAAGAGUGAACACUUGGAAUCUAAAAACGAUAAACCUGAUUGUACGCGCCUAUCGCCGUAUCGGAGGUUAUACGACAAGCUUGCCAGUUUUGAUCCCAUACGGACAUCAGAAACAUCAAACAUACAAUGCUAACAGCUUCGAUAUUCGAAACUAUGAUUAUAUGUUUUAAAUAUUUUUUAUUUAAUGUUUAUUUUAAUUGUGGAUAAAAAUAGAAGUGGCGUAACAAGAAAUUUGAUACGAUGA